AUGUCUUAUUGUGGUCUGUAUGAUUUUCAACAUAGAGUAUAUGGAUUACCUAAUUUACGCGUUUUAGAUUUGAGCGGAAAUGAUUUAAGUAUUUUAAAUGUGGAGUUUUUUGACACAGUUCCCAACUUAACUUAUCUUCGUUUACAUAACACUCUACUUAAUAAUCAUUUCUUAAUUCAGAGUGGAUCACGUCUAUUAUCUCCCUUGACCAAACUAGAAUUUUUAGAUAUUUCUAAUAAUGGUCUCGCUUCUUUACCGAAUGAUAUUUUUAGUGAGCUCAAAAAUCUUCAAAUGAUAGUUUUAACUUAUAAUAAACUUAUAUCUAUUCCGGAGGUGACGUCAUUAAUGUCCCUUAAGCAUAUCCAUAUGAGCUACAACGGGUUGACGACAAUAGACCAAACUACACGAAAUAUGCUGGACGGAACAUCGAAUAAAAAUUCAAAUUUUCAUAUAUCCUUAUAUGGUAAUGUGUUGUACUGCGGAUGUCCUUCGGUGAAGUUCUUA